AUGAGGCACUCGCACUCGCGAAAUGACAUCAUCACAUCACGACGCACAUCCGUCCGUCGCGCCGCAGCCUCGGACGCCGCCGCCGCCGCCGCCGCCGCCGCCGCCGCGCCCGUCAUGGCGUCCUCCGCGCGAGACACCCUCCUGUUCCCGUUCGUCCUCUCCGCGGUGGUCGCGUUAGUUCUCCUGUACGUCGCGGCGUGCAAGCUGUUCGUCGCGUACUAUCGAGACGACGACUGCCCGCCUUCGAUGGGCGACGCGAAGGAGGACGACGCGCACGAGGCGACGCCGAUAUACGCGCUGACGGGGGUGUGCGUCGUGCAUCCGAACGGGAAGGUCGUGUUCGGCGGCGAGGAGGAGGAGGAGGAGAGGGAGAGGGACGGGAGAGGGCGCGCGAUGGACGACGAGGCGACGACGACGACGACGACGAGUUCGUUGUUCGUUGACGCGGCGGUGUAUGCCGACGAGGAUAUUCCGACGAAGCGCGCGUCGUCGUCGUCGUCGUCGAUCGGGGAGGGCGACGGCGACGGCGCGCGCGUCGAGGAGAAGAGCGAAGAGGACGCGGGAUAG